GUAACUCCCUGUCUGCAGGCUCAUUGGGCAGGGAAUGGCCACUCAUUUGUCAGGGCUUCUGUUUUCCAGUGCCACUAGUUUCACAUCUCACUUGUAACUGCUCUCUUGAUUCAAUUUUGUAUAUUAAAUGAAAUCAGAAUCAAAUUUCCCAUAAGAUGUCUUUAUGGCACUUGGCAAGCUGAUCCUAAAAUUCAUAUGAAAGAGCAAAUAUGUAACAGCCACCUUAAUUUUAAAGAAAGAAAUGUGGGGAGGCUUAGAUACUGCUAGCCAAAUGUAAAAAUGUACCACUCACAACAAUGUGGUACCUGUUCAGGAAACGGAGAGUUCAGAAAGACACCCAGAGAACGUGUGGGUAUUUAUUACAGCACCUCAUGAUGACAGCGUAGUUUAUUACUUAGUAUUCAUUCCAGUUCCUUUUCUAGCUGUUUUUAUUGUUCAUUUUUGUACUUGCUGAAGAGAUUAUAAGAUGCAUGUUUAACCUGUCACAGUUUGCACAGAGUUCAUACUGAGUUACUUCAGGUAAAUUAGGAACCUUGCCGAGGUGUCUUCCUUUUACCGGCCCCGUCUCCCAGUCCUUGGUGCCAUUUGUUGGUAGUUAAGUGUGAAAGAAGUUACAAGGUGUUCUUGCACUUGUUGAGGCUUGUUAUUUGCCAUAUUUAUGUAUGUCAUUGACCUCAAGAUACAGAUAACAGUAUGUGUUAGUCACAAAUCUUCUGAAAAAUUAAAAGAAAACCAUACACACAGACAGGUGUGUUUCUUUGCGUCCUUUAUCCUCGCUGCGUGCCCACCGCAUUGGCGUCAGCACACCUUCCUGUCAGCUGCGCGGCCGUGUGGCACCAUCCCCUACUUCCAGCCUUUAAGGGGCAUUUCUGGAAGUGCAGGUCUCUAAGGUGAAUUCGCUCUGAUUUUGAUUAUCUAAAAGUUUGCCUUUACUGGGGCGGUGCCUGUGGCUCAAAGGAGUAGGGUGCCGGCCCCAUAUACCCCAUGAGGUGGUAGGUUCAAACCCAGCCCCAGCCAAAAACUGCAACAAAAAAAUAAAUAAAAAAUAAAAAGUUUGCCUUUAUUUUUGAUAAAUUGUUUUUCUAGUUGACAGUUUUUCCUUCCACACUUUAAAUGUGCCUCUCUCUCGUCUCUGGCCUUUCUUCUGUAUCAUGAAGUCAGUCACUGAUUGUACCGCUGCUUCCCUAUACAGAAUGUGUACUUUUUCUCUGGCUGAUUUCAAGACUUUCCUUAUCUUUGGCUUUCAGCAGUGUGACUGUGAGGUGCCUGCGAGAGGAUGUUUCUGCAUUUAUCCAGCCUGGGACUCCUGAACCUGGGUCCCUUCCAGUCUCAGUUUAAGAGUAACCUCUUCUCCAGCCUGUUUGCUUUGAUUCACCUUUCAGUGCUUUAAAAAUUGUUUUCAUAAUAAUAUUUCAAUUGUUGUGAUCUGCAGAUUUAUAUAACCACUUCACUCAACAACUGUUACCUUAAAUUCCCUUUUACUAUCCAAUUGGAGGAAAAAUGGUAGAUAGGUGUCGGGACCCAGGACUGGCUACAGCUAUCUCACUUGGGAACAAUUACCUUUAGGUGCCUGAGGGCUAUUUGCCUUAGCAGAAGGGUGAGAGAGAGAGAGAAACAGUCUUAGUAAGAAAGUAAAUCUUAGCAGUCUUCUUGGAAGGCCUCGGGUAGAGGCCCUGCAAGCCGGAGAAGUGAAAGAGUCAGCGUGAGCCAGUCUGUUAAAGAAUACCAUGCAUGCCCCCCGACUGCCUUCUCCUGCAGCUUCUUAUAGACGUGACCUAUGGCUAUUACCCACAUGUUACCGGUGUGUUUGUUUUUUGCAGUUUUUGGCUGGGGCCAGGUUUGAACCCACCACCUCGAGUAACCCAGCACCCUACUCCUUUGAGCCACAGGCGCCGCCCUACUGGUGUUUCUUACAAUUACAAAGUGUUCCAAGCUUUGCUCUUACUUCUCCUACCCGUGAAGCUAAAUGGUCUGCUACAGACAGGAAAAAGGAGUGGACUAUAUGAAGAAAAUUCUUGAUUCUCCGUGUCCCAAAGCAAGACACUUACAAUUUGCAGCUGCUUACAAUCUUGGAAGAGCUUAUUAUGAAGGAAAAGGUGUUAAGCGAUCAGAUGAAGAAGCAGAAAGACUAUGGCUUUUUGCUGCAGACAAUGGAAAUCCAAAAGCUAGUGUGAAGGCUCAAAGUAUCCUAGGAUUGUAUUAUUCAACAAAAGAGCCAAAAGAGCUAGAGAAGGCAUUUUAUUGGCAUUCAGAAGCAUGUGGCAACGGCAACCUGGAGUCACAGGGUGCACUUGGUCUCAUGUACUUUUAUGGACAAGGCAUCCGCCAAGACACUGAAGCUGCCCUGCACUGCUUAAGAGAAGCUGCGGAACGCGGGAAUGUUUACGCCCAAGGGACUCUCGUGGAGUACUACUAUAACAUGAAAUUUUUUACAAAGUGUGUCACAUUUUCCAAAAGGAUCGCUGACUAUGAUGAAGUUCAUGACAUCCCCAUGAUAGCCCAGGUCACGGACUGUCUGCCGGAGUUCAUCAUCCGAGGGAUGGCCAUGGCAAGUUUCUACCACGCCAGAUGUCUUCAGCUUGGCUUGGGCAUCGCAAAGGAUGAAGCAAUGGCUAAACAGUACUAUUCUAAAGCUUGUUGUCUGAAUCCUGCAUUGGCAGAUGAACUUCACUCCUUACUGAUUUGUCAGAGAAUUUAGACUACAGCACAUUUCAACAAAGACCGUCGAUCCUGGCACCAUACAGUGUAUGUAAUGUUACAGCAGCCAUGUUUGGUUAUUGUCUGCAUCCCCAGUUACAUGAUCCUGGGUAUUUUACACGUGAUGUGUUAUCUUUGUUCUUGAAUUUGUAUGCUGUAAUUCAUGCAGCUUGAAACCUAGACAUAGGAUCAGAUUGCUGGAAGAGUCCCAAAGGUCUGCCUCUUAGCCUUUAGACUGGUCUACACCAUUUGAAAUACGAAAUCAUUCCACAAAGCCAGUUAUCUUUUGCCUUUCUUGAGUGUCUGAAAAGAUUUUAGUACAGUUUUUUUUUAGUUUAAAUAAGUUCAGAAAUAGAAAUGCUACAACUUAUUUAAAACCAUCAUUUGAAAGUCUAAAUCUUUAAAAUUAAAAAUUUGUUAAUGAAAAUUUAUAAAGCUAAAUGAGGGCCAAAGAAAUUUAAAGAAUUUAAAACUUCAAAUGAUUAACUAUGUUUGGCAUUCCUACCUCUGAAGUUAUUAAAACUAAAACUGCACUAAAUCUUCUGGGAUAUCCUUUGAAAAGAUUGUUAUAAAUAUUAAUUUAUUACAUAAAAUGUUCAAAACAGUAGAUAUCAGAUAAUUUAGAAUCUUACCCCUCUAAAUCUUCCCUCAGACAUCUUAAUUAGUAAAACGAUUGCUGUAUUCCUGAUGAAUAAGAUAACCAAUUAAAGCAAGUUUCUUUAGAUAUGCUUCAAUGCAAGAAAACUGUGGAAAAAAACCCUCAAAUCAUCUAAUAGUACAAGAACUGUAACUAUUGUUUAAAAAUUAAAUUAGCAAAAGGCUUUCUUUAUAUUAAUUACAUCUAUGAAGAGAAAAGCUAACAGUAAAAAUAGUAAGAUCCAUGUGUAAGAUUAUAUAAGGUUAUACACUUGUGAAAGAGAUACCUUAAUUAUCCUUUUGUAAGCAUGCUAAACUAAUGGGGCUUUAUGAAUUACAACUAUCAUUUCUGACCAUGGAUUUAACACAGUAACUGCCAUGUGAAUUAUUUUUAACUUAAGCUUGUUUUGAGCCCGGGGCCUCAUGAGGCAUGUAACUCACAAGUCUCUUACUGAACUAUUUUGAUAUGUAAUA